CAUAAGUUGUCGGCAGUGGAGCCCUGUACGUUGUCUCUCUCCCCUCUCACUGCUUCCCUGCUCACUCCUCCUUGUCUGCCGGUCUGCGAACGUGACACUACUGAUGUACUGACAUGUUGUUGUUUUUCCCCUUCGAGUAAAAAACCACUGCCCUCAACUCCCAGAAGGCCAUCUCUCUGUCUUGUUAUCUUGCACUUCGUGCUAAUGCUUACGGGGGGUACGUUUGGCGGGACACCCCGGUCCUAAGUUCGGCAGGCAGUGCAAGGACUAGUUAGUUUUCUCAUAUAGACACACACUCCUUGGUUGCGGUGUCGCCCACAUUCGAGUACAAGCGCGUUCCAUGCGUCUCAAUGAGGCGCUUUCAGCCAACGUCCGCACGAGCCAAAACUGGUUGCAAUUUCUUACGAUACGCCAUGAAAGAUGGCUCCUCCUCCUCUUUGUGGAAUGCUUGUUACGAUGGAAGAUUCCUUCACACUGUUAGACGACCUUUCGAAUCUGCUCUCUCGUGUCUCUUCUGCCUGUCCCUCGUCUCAUCUUAACUGCAGUCCUAUCGUUGCUAACGAGGCAAGCAAGGUACCCCGUCACUGCAUCGAUCGUGUUUUGAUGGCUCCUUGCGGUCGACAAGGCAAAACAACGAUCGAUAAUGAUGAAGACAUCCCGAUCAGGGACAGAGCCUUGCACACGAAAGCACCUAGAGCGGUACUCACAAGGGUUGAAUACGGGAUCGACUUGGAGACCAUCGUGUACGACGAGAAGAGAACCGUUGCACAGAGCCAGAAGAAGGAGCUGCAGCAUUCCUAUGAGAAUGAGGAGGAGGGAGACGCAGAAAAAGACUCGCGUGCAUUCACCGGCACAUGCGGAAAGGACUCUAGUCUUCCUGACGGUGAUUCAUCCUCAGCAACAUCCAGCCCAUCGGUUGGGCACGACAGUCCCAGCAGGCGAGCCCAGACCUUCGUUCUUGAGAAGAAGCGUUCCUUCGGCCUCAUCGCCCCCGCCAUUUCGACAUCGAGGCCAACCUUGCGCCAUUCGGGAAGCUCCACCAGUCGACGCUAUGGCAGAUGGACGGUGUAG